UGGGGAAGCAUCGCCAAGGAAUUUUAUUGGAAGACUCCAUGCCCUGGUCCAUUCCUUCAGUACAACUUUGAUGUGACUAAAGGGAAAAUCUUCAUUGAAUGGAUGAAAGGAGCAACUACCAACAUCUGCUACAAUGUACUGGACCGGAAUGUCCACGAGAAAAAACUUGGAGAUAAAGUUGCUUUUUACUGGGAGGGCAACGAGCCAGAGGAGACUACUCAGAUCACAUACCGUGAGCUUCUGGUCAAAGUGUGUCAGUUCAGCAAUGUUCUCCGAAAACAGGGUAUUCGGAAAGGUGACCGAGUAGCCAUCUACAUGCCCAUGAUCCCGGAGCUGGUGGUAGCCAUGCUGUCCUGUGCCCGCCUUGGGGCUCUGCACUCCAUUGUGUUUGCAGGCUUCUCUGCAGAAUCUCUAUGUGAACGGAUCCUGGAUUCCAGUUGCAGCCUUCUUAUCACUACAGAUGCCUUCUACAGGGGAGAAAAGCUUGUGAACCUUAAAAUGCUGGCUGACGAGGCCCUGGAGAAGUGUCGAGAGAAGGGUUUUCCAGUAAGACGCUGCAUUGUGGUCAAGCACCUAGGACGGGCAGAGCUGGGCAUGGGUGACUCCCCCAGCCAGUCCCCCCCAGUUAAGAGGUCAUGUCCAGAUGUACAGGGCAAGCUGAAAGAGAAAUCCAAGCGCAUCCAGCCCCAGAUCUCCUGGAACCAGGGGGUUGACUUGUGGUGGCAUGAGCUUGUACAAGAAGCAGGAGAUGAGUGUGAGCCCGAGUGGUGUGAUGCUGAGGACCCACUCUUCAUCCUGUACACCAGUGGCUCUACCGGCAAACCCAAGGGUGUAGUACACACAACUGGGGGCUACAUGCUCUACGUGGCUACAACCUUCAAGUAUGUAUUUGACUUUCACUCGGAGGACGUGUUCUGGUGCACAGCAGAUAUUGGCUGGAUCACAGGCCAUUCCUACAUCACUUAUGGACCACUGGCUAAUGGUGCCACCAGUGUUUUGUUUGAGGGGAUCCCCACAUACCCGGAUGUGGGCCGCCUAUGGAACAUCGUGGAUAAAUACAAAGUGACCAAGUUCUACACGGCACCCACAGCCAUCCGCCUGCUCAUGAAGUUUGGAGAUGAACCUGUCACCAAGCACAGUCGGGCAUCCUUACAGGUACUAGGCACAGUGGGUGAGCCAAUCAACCCUGAGGCAUGGCUGUGGUACCACCGGGUAGUAGGUUCCGAGCGCUGCUCCAUCGUGGACACUUUCUGGCAGACAGAGACAGGUGGCCAUAUGCUGACCCCCCUCCCUGGUGCCACACCCAUGAAGCCUGGUUCUGCUACCUUCCCGUUCUUUGGCGUAGCUCCUGCAAUCCUGAAUGAGUCUGGGGAAGAGCUGGAGGGUGAAGCUGAAGGUUAUCUGGUGUUCAAGCAGCCCUGGCCAGGUAUCAUGCGCACUGUCUAUGGGAAUCAUGGACGCUUUGAGACCACCUACUUCAAGAAGUUCCCUGGGUACUACGUGACAGGAGAUGGCUGCCGGAGGGACCAGGAUGGCUAUUACUGGAUCACUGGCAGGAUUGACGACAUGCUCAAUGUAUCUGGGCACCUACUGAGCACAGCAGAAGUGGAGUCAGCGCUCGUGGAGCAUGAGGCUGUUGCGGAGGCGGCUGUGGUCGGACAUCCUCAUCCUGUGAAGGGCGAAUGCUUAUACUGCUUUGUCACCCUGUGUGAUGGCCACACCUUCAGCCCCACCCUUAAGGAGGAGCUCAAGAAGCAGAUUAGAGAAAAGAUUGGCCCCAUUGCCACACCGGAUUACAUCCAGAAUGCACCUGGCCUGCCUAAAACUCGCUCAGGGAAAAUCAUGAGGCGGGUGCUUCGGAAGAUCGCUCAGAAUGACCAUGACCUGGGGGACACAUCUACUGUGGCGGACCCAUCUGUCAUCAGCCACCUCUUCAGCCACCGAUGCCUGGUCACCCAGUGAACAAGACCCUAACCUUGAUCCAGGAUUACCCCUGCUUGGCUCUCAAAAAUGUGCCCAUUCUCCCUGCCCCACCCAGGAGCACUGAGUGCUUGUGCUCACCCACACCACUUCUCUCAAUCUGCUGUUUGGGACCGAGGACCAGCUUCGCCCUAGGUGGAGACAACUUCCUGUGACUGUCAGGCAGACUUGUGACAGGGCCCAGGUCAGCCUUACAUUGCUGUAACCCCAGAUUGCAGAGAACUCUUGGAGCCCAGAACAGGGAUCUAUCUGACGGUGAUGUCCCCAACUCAUGUUACAAGCUCGGAGGGGAGUAAAGGCCUAGAGUGAACGAAGCAGGGAGACAGUUCUGUAAUCCUGUGUCAGCUCUCAGGAAUGCCCUUGCAUGCCCUUGGGCAUGCACUUGCACUUAGAGAUGCCUAUUUGUGAGUCCUGGGACAAUUUUUAAAAAGCGCUUUGCUGGUUCUGCUCUGGGCUUAAAUUUUCUUUUGUGCCAGAUGACAGUGGUUCCCCCCUUCACUCCCGGGGCUGGGAGGGUAUGCUCAGUCUCUGAAGGGUUUUCAGAUAGUCUGCUUCAUGAAGAGAGGAGACAUUGUUCUAGGACCAGAGGAGCUUGGCUCUCUUGUCCUCUGUGCACGCCUCCCCCCAGAGUCCUGCCCGUGAGACCCUUGCAGAUGAAACUCUUUCCCUGCCUCAGUUGUACUCAGGCCCACUGGUUGGAGGAAUAAAGUCUGUGACCUCA